GCAUCAGUAUCAGCAGCAGCAGCGCGGCUCCUGAGCACACAGGCGGCGGGUGGAUCGUCGCCCUCCUCCCUCUCUCCCUCACCCUCUCAGUCCCUGCGCCGAUCAAAGUUGUGCGCGUGGCGCUGAAGGACCUGCGAGCGUCCUCGGGGGAAACAGUGCAUUUGACUGGCUUAACGAGCGUCAGUUCCCAUCUCCUCUCCACACAUCAUUUGUUGCUGUCCAGCAGGUCCUAGGACUGGGCUCCAACCCAGCGCCCUGACGGAGGAGGACGCACUCCCGGGGAUCACAGAUGGACUGGCUCACACCUGAGAUGUGAAGUGUGUUAUGUGAGCCAAGGUGUUUUCCCACCUCGCUGGUGGUGGGGAGAGAUGCUGCACUCCGUUGCCAUGACAGCAGAAGUUCUCUUUGUUCUUGGGUUCCUGAUGAGCAGCACUCUGUCGAAUCCUAUAGCGACCUUGCCAGUGAGCCGAGAACGUCUGGAAAGGGUGUUGACCCAAACCAGCGAGGACAAACAGCAGGACAAGCAGGCUCGAGAGGAGCCGCUGGGAUAUGGUGCUCAGCAGCGGCCGAGGGAAAUCAAUAAUUUGAGCCCCAACAAAACUUCGGUGAGUCGCACCAGCACAUACCCCAACGUCCAGACACGAGGAUCUAAGGGCGGGAACUCCCAGGAGCUGUGGAGUGAACAGGACAACCUGAACCAAGUAGACGAGGGUCCCACCAGUGACGUCACCCUCUCCCUGGAUGCUAUCGACGAGUAUGCCUACCCAGACUACAGAGGGAAAGGCUGCAUGGAUGAGAGCGGCUUUGUGUUCGCCAUCGGUGAGCAGUUCACGCCGGGCCCCUCCACGUGCCCUUGCCUCUGCACAGACGAGGGCCCCAUGUGCACCAAUCCAGAAUGUCCCAAGGUUCAUCCUCGAUGCAUUAAAGUGGACACUAGCCAGUGCUGCCCACUGUGCAAGGAGAAAAAGAACUACUGCGAUUUCCGAGGCAAGAUCUACGCCUCACUGGAGGAGUUUAAGGUGUCUCCAUGUGAGAAGUGCCGAUGUGAGCCAAGUGGAGAGGUGUUGUGCUCGGUGGCAGCCUGCCCUCAGACUGAGUGCGUGGACCCGGAGUACGAGCCGGACCAGUGCUGCCCCAUCUGCAAGACCGGACCAAACUGCUACGCGGACACAGCAGUCAUACCAGCCGGCCGAGAGGUGAAGAUUGAUGAGUGUACAAUCUGCUACUGCACAUACGAGGAGGGCACAUGGCAGAUUGAGCGUCAGGCCACCUGCAGUAAGAACGAGUGCCAGCGGAGCUAGAGAAUGGCACGCUGAGAGAGGACAUUGGCACACAUCACCAGCGCCAGUCCACAUGUAAACUCUCGGCCUUUCACCCAGUCUACAGGACAUCAGGGUCGGACAGCAGCCCUCGAGCUAUUCAGCAUUUAUACUGUAGACACUCCUGCAUUACAGAACAAAAGGCUUUUAUGAAAGUUUAUAAUCCACACACAGAAUAUCUAUUUAUCUAUGUAUUAAAUUAUUUACGAGUAUAUACAAAUAUAGGGGUCAUUAAUGCUUAACUAGUGAAAACAUAUUUUUUAUAGCCUCUGUAUUUUAAUAAGCAAUGUAUUGGACCAGAGGUCAAUAAAACAAUAGAAUGUAUAGAACACACACAGCUGUCUUUGAAGGUGAAAACCUCAACAUGUCGACAUGGCGUCAUCCAACAAUCCUGACACCUGCCCCUCUACCACCAAAGUGCACACUAGACUUGUGUGAUCGGUUUCAGAACGACGGGUAAAGAUUUGCUGUGCGGGGACUCUGAAAAAAUUCAAAGACAUACAGGAGACUUCAAGAGAAUCAGUUUUCUGAUUUCUUAUCUUUUUGGAUGUUCAAAUGUGUUUUGAUUUGAAAGUGCUUUUUUGUAUUUCUCUUGGUACUGUGUGUUGAUGUUUCAAAUAAAUGCCAAUCUGUGCUCGGUAAAUGCGUAAAUGGUACUGUUCAGCUGUACGUCCUGGUUUGCCUGAAAGGGGGUCACAUUGACAGGCUGAUAACAUUAUCGCUAUUUCAACUGAUCAAUCUAUAAUAAUCAAAUAAGCUGGAAUGAUCAGUCGGGAUCCCUCCUUUGGAAUAAAUCACAGGAAGCCUUUGAAUGAGACAAACAUGAACAAAUCCACUCUAAUUUUAACAUUUGAUGCUCUAGGAUGAGAUCUGUUCUGUGGGAGAGCUGCAGGUAAAUAUUUAAUAACUCAACCAAAGCAUAUUAAGUUAUUUAGUAAAAACCGUGGUUUCAUUUCCACCUGCUGCAAUCAUCAGAAUUCACACUCGAGAGGUGGGAAGUUUUCAGCUCCAUUAAUAGCCGGACUGGACGUUUCAAUGUCACUGAUCCCAAUUUGCUUCCAAAAAUUCAGAAAUAGAAAGGUCUUGUGGCUCGUGGCAUAUUUUGUCUUGCCUUCAUCAUCAAAUUGAGGAUGAGGAGUAAUGCAUUCAUGCAAAGCCAUGGGGCCCCACAGACCAGCAGAUCAAAAUGAUGAUUAAAUUAUUUAAGGCCAGGUAAUGAACACUGAAGGGCAGGCUAUGAUAAUUGGAGGCAGAUGCUGUGUCUCUGCGUUUUCCUGUUAUCCUUUGCAUUAGCAGUGUGGUGCUCUGUGUCACCCUUUGCAAUGUGUCGGCCACGCCGCAGAACGCUUUGAUCGAGGGGUUGCCAGACAACGACAGUGCAUCUCCAGCAGCGAGACGUGCCUGACAGCCUGUUGGCAGGAUUGAGGUAAAUAAGCCUAAAUGCAUGUACAUGCAUCAUGGCAGGCUUCUCAUGGAGCAGCGGGGGAGCAGCGGCACACAUCUAUUAAGGUUUUCUGGUCAGCCUUACCUCCCCUGUUUCAGUGACUCUGUUGGUGCUCUCAGACCAGACUCAUUCAUUCGAGGAAAACGAGACUUGUGCUCGCGCAUACAAGUGGCAAAUGAUCGAGGGAUUUUUCUUUUCCUCUCCUUUCCCACCAAUCCUCACUCAUAAUAUAAAGAGCUCAUUUUUUUCUUCCCCUUCAGUUUUUCUAUUUUAAAAUAUUACUACUGUGUCAUCACUGUAUUCUUUCUAUUUUACAAGCUAUGUCUGAUUCCUCUCCUGCGGUCUCAGCCAGUGAAGUAAUGACUCUGACCCCAGAUGUUAGCUGUCAUUUUCCUCCGCUCUGUCCAGGUCAUUAACAUUUACAAAAGGCUUUAGAUCAAUUCAUAUUCCAGCAGUUAUUUAAAAUCAGCUCUGUGUUUCAUUGGAAAGAAGAAAGCCGUGAUUAAGACUCCACAUAAAGUCUUCUCGUCAGAGGCACCACUGGGUCUUGUACUCUGACAUAAAACUCCCAGCAGUAAUAAGCAUCUGAACCCCUUCAAAGACCUGCCAUUAACAGGAUCCAUCUGUUGGAGAAACCCAUGAGACUUCAGCUUGCUCUACCCAAAUGCUGCAACUGUAUAAUUAGGCCUAUGCCCUGUUCUGGCCAAUGUGCACUGCCGCACAUUGAGAUGAGAUCUGUUUAUAUUGUGUGUUUAUUGCUUUGUCAUUUCAAAUGAAAGCAUCAUAAAACCCCUGGUCAAGAAAAGAAAGUUGAGGUCUCCUGAGUGGGCAGUUUCACUAUAUUACUUUCAUUAACUCCCGAAUAUUAAGGAAUAAAACCAAUCUGCCAUAUUUGCUCUUGCUGAAGGAUAGUAAAAUACACUGUAACCUAAAUAACAGAUGGAAUCCAAUGUUAUUCUACAAAGUAAAUCAAAUCCUCUUCAAUUAACUCUUCAACACAUUUACUAUCUAAUUAACUCAUCAGUUCUAUUUUCCUUAAACUUUAGCAUAUUACUUGCCAUUGCCAUGGUAAUAUGCUUUGUCUAAGAGACUCUGUAGCAACGGGUGAAAUGAAAGAUUAUCUUUUUACUUCGUGCUCUGUGAUCAAUCUCAUAAUUUCAGCAAAAGUAUUUUAAUUUAAGGGACAUGAACUUACAAGGAGGAGUCCUGUGCUCUUAUAGUCUAUAGUUAAAACCAAGUUCUCCAUGGUUCACAAGCAAAAUUAUCUUAACUUGUACCUCACUCUGUUACUGAACAACCAUGUAUUUAAUUGUUUAACUAAAGAGAACCAUUAAGCUAAUGUCAGCUAUUAUACAUGUUCUGCAUCGCCCUGUAAGCGCUUAAUAAUAUGUUAACUUUUUUUUUCU